AAUUAUGGCUGCCACAACUACAUCCACACUAAACACCAACAAAAUGAUGCUGUAUUUCGCUGUGAUAGUGGCUGUUAUUACAUCUCAAUGCUUAUCAGUUGAGGCCAUCCGCUGCCAUCAAUGCAAUUCGCACAAUCGUGAAGAUUGCAUCACCUUGCGUUUGAGUACGCCCGGCAACGCGCUCGAUGAUCAAUUCCUGAAAGAAUGUGAGGGUCCACACAAUGCCACAGCGUUCUGUCGUAAAACUGUGCUGAAAAUCGAAGUGACCGGCGAGCAGCGUAUUAUUCGUGAAUGUGGCUGGAAACGUGAUCGGGCACAACAGGAGGGUAUCAGUUGUUUCAGCGCGGACAAUGAAGGCUAUUUGCAGACAAUUUGUGCUUGUGAUACAGAUGGCUGUAAUGGCAGUCCAUCGUUGAUGGGCGGCAAUUCCAAGUGGACGGUAUUGAGCGUGACUGCCCUGAGUGUAGCCGUAGCUGCAGUAUUAAGAAGAAAUUAA